CAUGCGUAUCGCGAUGGGCGGGGCGGGGAAGUCCUGUGUUAGUGUCGGUAGCUGAUUGAAGGGGAAGCGCGAAGCGACGGCGGUCUCCGCUCCCUCCGACUCAGGAUGUGGAAACUGGUUCCUGCGGGCGACCCCGGGCCAGGUGAGGAAGGACAGAUAUACUGGCUUUUAGUUGGUGUGGAGUAUGAUGUUGGACGCAAGAACUGUGCGAUUUUAAUUCAAGAUGAUCAAUCAAUCAGCCGAAAGCAUGCAAUUAUUUCUGUUAAACAUCCACAAGCAUACCUUAGUCAACCCACUUCAUUUUCUGAAGUAACAUUAAAAGACACCUCCAAAUAUGGUACCUUUGUCAAUGAAGAAAAACUACCAAAUGGAACUGCCACAAUAUUGAAAUCAGGUGACAGGAUCACUUUUGGAGUCUUUGGCAGCAAGUACAGAGUUGAAUAUGACCCUUUGGUUGUAUGCUCUUCAUGCUUAACUGCUUCACAGAAAAGUCUUUUAAAUAAAAAUAUUCUGCAACUGGGAGGCCAUGUAGUGAAUGAGUGGAAAGAAGAAUGUACUCACCUUGCUAUGGCUUCAGUCAAAGUUACUGUGAAGACAAUAUGUGCAUUGAUUUGUGGUCGACCAAUUGUGAAGCCAGAGUAUUUUGCUGAAUUAAUCCAGGCAAUUCAGGCAAAGGAGCAGUUACAAGGGCCUGAAAGGUUUUAUCCUCCAAUUGAUGAACCAAGUAUUAAGAGUGAGAAAUUAGAUCUUAAUGUUUGUCCUGGAAGAAAAACUAUCUUCAGAGAGAAAACAUUUUUGUUUCUGACAGCUAAGCAGUAUGCAAAACUGAGUCCAGCAAUUAAACUUGGAGGAGGAGAAGCAAAGCUGAUAACAGAGGAAGCAAAGGAUGUUGCUUCUUUGAUAGCAGCUGAUGUGUGUGUUGUUGAAGUAGGAGCCACAAACUCUCAACCAGCAGUUUCUGAGUUGGAGAUGAAGUUGAUUGCUACAACCACAGCUGCCUUGCAAAGGAAGAAAUAUAGAAUAAUUUCAGAAGCUGAAAUUGGGUUAGCAGUUAUAUUUGCAUCCACAGAAAGAUACUGUAAUCCUCAAGCUGCAUGUGAAACAGAUAUAAAACCUGCUACUUCAGCAUCAAUAGUUCAAGAAUCACACUUUUCUCAGAGAUCAGUAGUGAAUGAAACUGCAAUGCCUGCUGCCAUCAGUGAGCUCAGUAUAUAUGUAGCGGACACAGAAAUGAAUGAGGUGCUGGGCACAUGUAUGGAAAUCACAGAAGAGAAAAGAAAUAAAGAAUCUCCUGUAGGAGAUCCAAGAAAACUCCAUCCGCAUGAUGUAACUACCAUAGAGGAGACUCCAGCAGGAACUGGCACUGCAAAUAUAAGAGAAACAUUGCCAAGAUUGAACAGAAGGCCUGGGAUUGACCAGAACAGCCUGUCCUUGUUUUCCACUAAAAUUUCAGGGCAUAGCAGAAACAGAGAGAGAGAUUCACAGCAACAAAUAAAUACAAUUAAAAAUUACUUUCCAACAGCUACUAAGAAAAGAGAAAGGAAUGAGGAUGGAGAAGCAUCAGUAUCUAAAUAUGCAAAGACAGAGGAGAGGCCAACCCAGGUUUUCAGUCAUACUCAACCUAUAGCAUCCUUGCUGUGGGAAAACAAUGCUGUAGAAGGAUCUCAAAAAGGACAGUGUGUCUUAGACCAGAAGACAAAUGAGUCAUAUAUAGACACAAGUAGAAAGUCUGAAAUAGAGACUAGAAAAAAUGAAAAAACUGCUGCUGAAAGUAUGUCUGAUGGAAAGUCUUCAAACAAAAAAAGAAAAGAACUGGAUGACUUAGAAGAUGAAGCUUCAUUGGAACUUGUCUUUGCGAGCCGGGAACUGGACUGGAAAGAGUGUCUAGGAAGUGAUGGAGAAGAAAGUGUUCAGAAUGCAAAGAAGAAAAGAAAACUAGAAAAUAAAGGUGGACCUUCAGGAGACAUGGAAACACAGGGGAUUUUGCAGAAAGAAAAUGAACAGUCCCUUCCAGCUUUAAGCCAGAAACAAGUUAUAAAACAAGAACCACCAGAAUCUAAUCACAAUAAAUCUGCAACUGACUCUAGCAAUCUACCCAGCAGACUUUUGCUGACUGAAUUUAGAUCUUUGAUUGUUAGUCGACCAAGGAAAGAUGAUCGCUGUGUUGCUAAAACAAACCAUGGGCAUCUGAACAACUUUAAAAAAUUUAAAAAGGUGGCUUAUCCUGGAGCAGGACAGCUUCCACACAUUAUUGGUGGAUCAGAUCUGAUAGCUCAUAAUGCUAGAAAAAACACAGAACUAGAAGAAUGGCUGAAACAAGAAAUGGAGGAACAGAAUCGCUAUGCAAGAGAAGAAUCACUUGCAGAUGACCUCUUCAGGUAUGAACCACGUAUAAAAAGAAGAUAGUUGUGCCUUGAACUAGAUAAAUAACAGAAGAAAAUAUUAGCUUACCUGUAUGUUAGCAAUAUAUUGCAGAAUCAAAUAAUUAAUAUCACAUUGAUCACAGCUCCUGAGAACCUAAUUUUCAUGCCAAAGAAAGGACAUCUGCAGCCUCAGCACUUAAUAGUGUUUCAAACUAGUUGCACCUAGUGCUGGAUCAAAAAUUUAUCUGACCACAGUUACAUAAGUAAUCCAGGAGGGCUUCUUAAUGCUUGCUUUGUAAAAUCCAAGCCAAAGAGAAAACUAAGCCCCUGUCAUCCAUGUAUACCCACAUAUCUUCAAGCCCCCUCCAACUCUCUUCCUUUUUUCUGUUCUGCUGGGAGAAGAGAAGAAUCCAACCCCCCCAAAAAUGAUUGGCACUCUCUGGUGCCUGCAGUCCUGAUGUACAGUGUGGGAAAUAUAAUUUUCUUAGCUUUCUAGCUUAUGUCAGUGGCAUUGCAAAAAUGAUACUAUACAGCUUUCUUGUGCAGUGCAGCUCUCAUGCAAGAGAUUGGAGAGGGAAGCAUUUCCCAUCAUCACUGCCUAUUGGAGCAGCAAGAAAAUUAAGUAGAGCCAGGUGUGAGUAGUAGUGGGGAUAACUUAAUGCCCAUGUGAGCAUUAGAAUUUGUGGCAUAAGGGAUGCUAUAGGGUGCAAAAUUGCCCUGGAAUUUGUUUGAAAGAGUCCGGCUGUCUCUUCAGAGUUUUGGGAAACAUUCCAGUGGAGGUGAUUUUAAAUCCCAAUUCUGAACUUAGUUUCCAACCACUAAGUACAGCCCAUAAUUUAAAACCAUUUCAACCUGCAUUUUAAUAGCAUUUUUGUACUUCUAUAUCAUUUUUUCAAAAAGGAAUUAGUAGAAAAUCACACUGUUUCUUUUUAAAGAAUACGUAUUUUAGCUGUUUUGAGAUUUGAUUUAUAGAAUGAGAAGCAUCAUCAUUUUACAAAGGGUUGACAUGGAAUUUGUAACAUGGAUCCAGUACCAUUGAUUUCUGUACCAUUUUGCACCUCUCAGACUGAUUUUGGUUUGUACUUUUAGUAAAUUAAACUUCUUUAGAUUCUAGAAUUCU